AUGGAAGAGAAUGUGUUCAGCGUGCAGCAGAUCCAGCCCAACGUCAUCUCGGUGAGGCUCUUCAAGCGCAAGGUGGGCGGCCUCGGCUUCCUGGUGAAGGAGCGCGUCAGCAAACCGCCCGUCAUCAUCUCGGACCUGAUCCGGGGCGGGGCUGCCGAGCAGAGUGGCCUCAUCCAGGCUGGGGACAUCAUUCUGGCCGUCAAUGGCAGGCCCCUGGUGGACAUGAGCUAUGAGACGGCGCUGGAGAUCCUGAGAAGCAUCGCCUCCGAGACCUACGUGGUCCUCAUCCUGCGUGGCCCCGAGGGCUUCACCACUCACCUGGAGACCACUUUUACGGGCGACGGGACGCCCAAAACCGUCCGUGUCACCAGACCCCUGUGCCCGGCUCCCAAGGCGGUUGACUUGUCCAACCCAAGCAAAGAGCAGCCAGCAGCCAUGGGAUCGCUUUGGAGCAGGGAAACGGGCAAGGAGGUGGAGCCCCACGUCCACGUUAACGGGCUCGUUCCUGGCAGCAAAGGGCCGGAGGGCAGCAGGAGCAAGGACGGGGCUUGUGCUCACUCCUGCCUCAACGGCGGCAUGGAGGACAACGAGCUGCUCAAAGAGAUCGAGCCCGUCCUGGACCUGCUGAAGAGCAGCAGCAGUAAGGACAGCGAUGGAGAUGCGCCCUCCAAGGUAGAGACACGGGAUAUAGAAGUCCAGGUGGACUGUUUCAGGGAAGGGGAGAACAAUCCCCAGAAAGCUCUGCCGGCUCGGAUGGAGAACGAUCGUGUCCCGGGGGACCUGUGGGGGAAGAGCAACGUCCCCGUGGUCCUGAACAACCCCUGCUCUGAAGGACAGCAGCCGCCAUCAUCCGGGCGCCAGUCCCCGACCAAGAACGCCAAUGGGAGCCCUUCCAAAUGCCCCCGCUUUGUGAAAAUCAAGAACUGGGAGACAGGAUCCGUGCUCCACGACACCCUGCACCUCAAGACUGCCAUGGCCACGGCGUGCACCGAGCAGAUCUGCAUGGGCUCCGUGAUGACCCCCAGCCCCCACAUCCGCAAGGCAGAGGACACCAGGAGCAAGGAGGAGGUGCUGCUCCUGGCCAAGGACUUCAUUGACCAGUACUACUCCUCCAUAAAGAGAUCCGGCUCCAAGGCCCACAUGGAGAGGCUGGAGGAGGUGACCAAGGAGAUUGAGGCCACUGACACGUACCAGCUGCGGGACACGGAGCUGAUCUACGGAGCCAAGCACGCCUGGAGGAACGCGGCGCGCUGCGUGGGCAGGAUCCAGUGGUCCAAGCUGCAGGUGUUUGAUGCCCGGGACUGCACCACAGCCCAUGGGAUGUUCAAUUACAUCUGCAACCACAUCAAGUACGCCACCAACAAGGGGAACCUCAGGUCUGCCAUCACCAUCUUCCCGCAGCGCACGGACAGCAAGCACGACUUCCGCAUCUGGAACGCGCAGCUGAUCCGCUACGCCGGCUACAAACAGCCCGACGGCUCCGUGCUGGGCGACCCCGCCAACGUGGAGCUCACUGAGAUCUGCAUCCAGCAAGGCUGGAAGGCUCCGUACGGGCGCUUCGAUAUCCUGCCCCUGCUCCUCCAAGCCAACGGCAACGACCCCGAGCUCUUCGAAAUCCCACCAGAGCUCGUGCUGGAAGUGCCCAUCCGGCACCCCAAGUUUGAGUGGUUUAAGGACCUGGGCCUGAAGUGGUACGGGCUGCCAGCUGUUUCCAACAUGCUCCUGGAGAUCGGGGGCUUGGAGUUCUCGGCCUGCCCCUUCAGCGGCUGGUACAUGGGCACGGAGAUCGGCGUCCGCGACUACUGCGACAACUCCCGCUACAACAUCCUGGAGCAAGUGGCCAAGAAAAUGAACCUGGAUAUGAGGAAAACAUCCUCGCUGUGGAAGGACCAGGCGCUGGUGGAGAUCAACAUCGCUGUGCUCUACAGCUUCCAGAGUGACAAGGUGACAAUCGUGGAUCACCACUCGGCCACCGAGUCCUUCAUCAAGCACAUGGAGAACGAGUACCGGUGCCGGGGGGGCUGUCCCGCCGACUGGGUGUGGAUUGUGCCGCCCAUGUCGGGCAGCAUCACCCCCGUCUUCCACCAGGAGAUGCUCAACUACCGCCUGACGCCCUCCUUUGAGUACCAGCCGGAUCCCUGGAACACCCACGUCUGGAAAGGGGUCAAUGGGACACCCACCAAGAAGAGGGCCAUUGGCUUUAAGAAGCUGGCAAAGGCUGUGAAGUUCUCAGCCAAGCUGAUGGGCCAAGCCAUGGCCAAGAGGGUCAAGGCCACCAUCCUGUAUGCCACAGAAACAGGGAAGUCCCAGGUCUAUGCAAAAACCCUCUGUGAGAUCUUCAAACACGCCUUUGAUGCCAAGGUGAUGGCCAUGGAUGAGUAUGAUGUGGUGCACCUGGAGCACGAGACCAUGGUCCUGGUGGUCACCAGCACCUUCGGCAACGGGGACCCCCCUGAGAACGGAGAGAAAUUUGGCUGUGCAUUAAUGGAGAUGAAGAAUCCCAACUCCAACCUGGAGGAGAGGAAGAGCUACAAGGUCCGGUUCAACAGCGUCUCCUCCUACUCGGACGCACGGAAAUCCUCCAGCGAUGGCCCUGACCCCAGGGACAACUUCGAGAGCACGGGGCCCCUGGCAAACGUCAGGUUCUCCGUGUUUGGGCUGGGCUCCAGGGCUUACCCCCACUUCUGCGCCUUCGCCCGUGCCGUGGACACGCUCCUGGAGGAGCUGGGGGGAGAGAGGAUCCUCCGCAUGGGAGAGGGGGAUGAGCUCUGUGGCCAGGAGGAAUCCUUCAGGACCUGGGCCAAGAAGGUCUUCAAGGCAGCGUGUGACGUGUUCUGCGUGGGGGACGACGUGAACAUCGAGAAAGCCAACAACUCCCUGAUCAGCAACGACCGCAGCUGGAAGAGGAGCAAGUUCCGCCUGACCUACGUGGCUGAGGCCCCAGAGCUCACACAAGGACUGUACAGCAUCCACAAAAAACGUGUCUAUGCAGCCCGGCUCCUCACACGCCAGAACCUGCAGAGCCCCAAGUCCAGCCGCCUGACGAUUUUCCUGCGCCUGCACACCAACGGGCACCAGGAGCUGCAGUACCAGCCCGGGGACCACCUGGGCGUCUUCCCAGGCAACCACGAGGACUUGGUCAAUGCCCUCAUCGACAGGCUUGAGGAUGCCCCUCCAACCAACCAGCUGGUGAAGGUGGAGCUGCUGGAGGAGAGGAGCACGGCUCUAGGUGUCAUCAGUAACUGGACAGACGAGAACCGUGUCCCACCCUGCACCAUCUUCCAGGCCUUCAAGUACUACCUGGACAUCACCACCCCUCCCACCCCGCUGCUGCUGCAGCAGUUUGCUCUGCUGGCCACCAGUGACAAGGAGAAGAAACGUCUGCAGGUGCUCAGCAAGGGCUUGCAGGAGUAUGAGGAGUGGAAGUGGUCCAAGAACCCCACGAUUGUGGAGGUGCUGGAGGAGUUCCCCUCGGUGCAGAUGCCCUCCACGCUGCUGCUGACCCAGCUGCCCCUCCUGCAGCCUCGCUACUACUCCAUCAGCUCGUCCCCAGAGAUGUACCCAGGGGAGGUGCACCUCACCGUGGCUGUGGUGUCCUACCGCACCCGAGAUGGAGAGGGACCCAUCCACCAUGGAGUGUGCUCCUCGUGGCUCAGUCGGAUCCAGACGGAUGAAGUGGUGCCCUGCUUUGUACGAGGUGCCCCCGGGUUCCACCUGCCCCAGGACCCCCAGGUGCCCUGCAUCCUCAUCGGCCCCGGCACCGGCAUCGCCCCCUUCCGCAGCUUCUGGCAGCAGCGGCUCUUCGACAUCCAGCACAAAGGGCUGAAGCCGUGCCCCAUGGUGCUGGUGUUUGGCUGCCGGCAGUCCAGGAUUGACCACAUCUACAAGGAGGAGACGCUGUUUGCCAAGAGCCAGGGUGUCUUCAGAGAGCUGUACACGGCCUAUUCCCGGGAACCUGACAGACCAAAGAAAUACGUGCAGGACGUGUUACAGGAGCAGCUGGCCCAGACCGUGUUCAAAGCUCUGAAGGAGCAGGGAGGCCACAUCUACGUCUGCGGGGAUGUCACCAUGGCCGGGGACGUCCUCAAGGCCGUGCAGCUCAUCGUGAGGCAGCAGGGCCAGCUGUCAGCAGAGGAGGCAGGAGCCUUCCUCAGCAAGCUGCGGGAUGACAGCCGGUACCACGAGGAUAUUUUUGGAGUCACCCUGCGCACGUACGAGGUGACAAACCGCCUUAGAUCCGAGUCCAUUGCCUUCAUCGAGGAGAGCAAAAAAGACACGGAUGAGUGAGUCCACACCUUUGUUUUAACCCCUGCAGCCACCUCGUGGGCUGGGAAAGGAUGGGGAAGGAAGGAUGGGGAAGGAAGCUUUGGUUUUUGUGCACACCUUGAAGCAGAGGCUGAGGAAGGCACUGAUUUUUGCUCUGGAAUAGCUGUCACCUCUCUAGGAUAAAUCCCCCCAGCUUCC